GGCAGCGGCAGCAUGGCCGGGUACAGCGUGGAGGAGCGCGCGGCGCCGCACAGCCUCGAGUACCGGCUCUUCUUCAAGGACGCGGGCGGCCGCUACAUCUCGCCCUUCCACGACAUCCCCAUCUACGCGGAUGGCGCCGAGAACGUGUUCAACAUGGUUGUGGAAGUGCCUCGGUGGACAAAUGCUAAAAUGGAGAUUGCAACCAAGGAUCCCUUGAACCCAAUUAAGCAAGACGUGAAGAAAGGCAAGCUGCGCUAYGUAGCUAACGUGUUUCCCCACAAGGGCUACAUCUGGAACUACGGAGCCAUCCCCCAGACUUGGGAAGACCCGGGUCAUAAAGACGAGAAUACCGGCUGCUGCGGAGAUAACGACCCGAUUGAUGUGUGCGACAUUGGAAGCAAGGUGUGCUCUCGGGGAGAGGUGAUCAGGGUGAAGGUGCUGGGCACGCUGGCRCUCAUCGACGAGGGGGAGACGGACUGGAAGAUAAUUGCUAUCAACACGGAGGACCCCGAGGCGGGCAGCUAUAACGAUAUCAGCGACGUCAGGAGGCUGAAACCUGGCUACUUGGAAGCCACGGUGGACUGGUUCAGAAGGUACAAAGUGCCCGACGGMAAGCCCGAAAACCAGUUUGCUUUUAAUGGUGAAUUUAAGGGCAAGGAGUUUGCGCUGAGCGUUAUCAAAACCACUCACGAGCACUGGAAGGCUUUAAUAGCUAAAAAAGCAGCUGGAGGGGAGAUCAGCUGCACGAACGUGACGGUGUCGGGCAGCCCCUUCUGCUGCAGUCAGGAGCGCGCGAAAGCCGCGGUGGAGGCGGUGCCGCCCGGCGAGGCUGCCAACGCCAUCCCGCCCGAAGUCGACAAGUGGUUCUACUACCAGCAGAACUGACGGUGCCCGCGCGGGCGGCAGCGGCGGCCCGAGA